GUACACGUCGUGAAAAGAGUAAUCGGAAUGUAUCUAUUAAUCUAACGCAAGAGGAACGUGCAGAAGUAAAUGAAUGGAGACGUGUCCAUAUUGCACAGGUUCGCGCUGCACAGUUACCACCUAAAUUCGACCCGUAAAGUUGAAUCGCGCUGCUUUUGAAUAUGAUUGCGCAAUAGCCUACCAAGAUCUUUGCUGCGUUGAUAUCUGUUUAUUGUCUGUAGUAUACCAGCAUUGCAAUGCAUUGAGGUUUCAAUCGGAAACCCCCGGCAUAUGCUGCGCUGGUGGAAAGGUAAAAUUUCCCGCUUUGACUCAUCCGCCACAGCCAUUGUAUUCGCUUCUCUAUGGAAAUACAAACAACGGAUGCUUUUAAAUGGCGUCAUUUGGAGCAAAAUUUGUUGAUCAACCAGGAUACAAUCCGAGUUAUAAGCCAACACCAACGCAUACGUCUUCAUUGGGCCCAACGAAACGCAAAAUAAGAUUUAUGGCGGAGUGCAAGCCAAAGGAUAUGCUUGCUGGGCGCCUUGAAAAUGUUACACAGACGAUAUCGAAGAUACUUCAGGGAUACGACAUCCGCCUGAGGCCUAACUUUGGAGGAGAUCCACUACACGUUGGAAUGGAUUUGACCAUAGCAAGCUUCGACGCCAUAUCAGAAGUUAAUAUGGAUUAUACAAUAACAAUGUACUUGAAUCAGUAUUGGCGCGACGAGCGUCUGGCGUUCAAUAUAUUCGGGCCGUAUUAUAAUGGCGAUGCAGAUGAUGAUGGGGUCAAUGAUGUUCUGACUUUAUCGGGUGACUUUGCUGAGAAAAUAUGGGUACCUGAUACAUUUUUCGCAAAUGACAAAAACAGCUUUUUACAUGAUGUAACCGAGAGAAACAAGCUGGUGCGCCUUGGCGGCGAUGGCGCUGUUACUUAUGGUAUGCGGUUUACCACAACCCUUGCUUGUAUGAUGGAUUUGCAUUACUACCCACUGGACUCACAAAACUGCACCGUGGAAAUUGAAAGCUAUGGAUAUACGGUCAGCGAUGUGGUCAUGUACUGGAAACCAACACCAGUGCGAGGUGUGGAAGACGCAGAACUGCCUCAGUUCACUAUUAUUGGCUAUGAAACAAAUGAUCGUAAAGAGCGACUCGCCACUGGAGUAUAUCAGCGCCUCUCCCUUUCGUUCAAAUUGCAGCGAAAUAUCGGUUAUUUUGUGUUUCAGACUUAUCUUCCUAGCAUACUAAUCGUAAUGCUGUCAUGGGUUUCAUUUUGGAUUAACCACGAGGCGACAAGUGCAAGGGUUGCUUUGGGAAUCACUACGGUGCUGACUAUGACAACGAUCAGCACUGGCGUUCGUAGUUCAUUGCCUCGAAUAUCUUAUGUAAAGGCUAUUGACAUCUAUCUAGUAAUGUGUUUCGUAUUCGUCUUUGCCGCGCUUCUUGAAUACGCGGCCGUCAACUAUACUUACUGGGGCAAACGAGCAAAAAAAAAGAUUAAGAAACUCAAGGACUGUGAUCGACAAAAGAUAGGUAAAAACGACAGAUGUGUAACGUGUUCAACGACAGAAGAUAUAAUUGAGCUUCAGGACGUACGAAUGAGUCCCAUCCCUUCGUUACGGAAAGGUAAUUAUAAUGCGACACUUGGCUCUAUUGGCACUGAGACCUUAAACUUAGCCAAGUUUCCGCCAAGUUUUCGAAUUACUCGCAACUAUGGCACUGGACGUAACCAACUGCGACAUCGUUCACAGAGAGGAAUUUCAACUCGACCCCGAAUGUUGCAUGCAAUAAAAAAAAGUGCAUCUGCCAUCAAAGCCACAAUACCGAGGAUCAAAGACGUGAACAUAAUUGACAAGUACUCGAGAAUGAUAUUUCCUAUAAGUUUUCUUGCAUUCAAUCUUGGAUAUUGGUUAUUUUACAUCUUGGAAUAAUAAAGUGUCGGCGAUAGCACUAC